AUGAAUAGUGAAAAAUUAAAAAGUAAAUGCGCUCCGGAAGAGUUAAAAGGUGUUAAAUUAAGUGAGUUAAAAAAUAGGAUAUUUUCGUAUAUUUAUUUUAAAAAUCUUGAAAAAAUUAAAACAAUUAGUCCUUCUAAAAAUCAAGAUAAUUGCACUAAGUAUUUAACAUAUCUUGAGAGUUUUAAGCCAGUACACGACAGAUAUAAUAAUGCGCAAUGCGGGAGCUUAUUGUUUUGGUUAUCGUAUGAUACUGAUUAUUUUCGCUGUAAUCCUAAGCAUAAACUGACAUCUCUCAUGACUGAAUUACAAAAAUGCAAAAUUGGAGAUAAAGAAAAUCUUAAAGCAGUUGCUCCUGGCCCCGAUAAAAGUAAGGGUGUUGCAGCUGCAGCACCUGCAGGAGAUCAAAAAGUUUCAGGAAGUGCAACAGAACCAAAAGCUUCAGUAGUUGUAACAAGUUCAUCGAGUUCGUCAACUGCUGUAACUACAUCGCCUGCAGUAAGUACACCCAAAGCAGCAACUCUGUCAACUCCAACAACAACUACAAGCACAGUAGCUGCAGCUAAACCAGUAACAACAACAAGUACAGCAGCUGCGUCAAGUCGAGUAACAACAACAACACAGGCAAAAACAAGUGCAGGCACUACAACAAAUACGGUAACUACAAGUUCAUCAAGUCAACGAAGAUCAUGGAUUUGGCCAAGUUUUUUUUCUUCAUCAAGUUCACCACGAACAUCAGCUUUAGGAGCUUCACAAACUUCUACAAGUACAUCGGGUAGCACAGUUUCAGCAAGGCAGGUGACUACAACAAGUACAUCAGGUGGAAGAGGUUCGCCGGUUACAGUAACCACAGAUACACGAAGUGCAGCAGGUUCAAUAAGUUCAACAGGUCAAGGAUUAGCACAUCCAUUGGCUACAGGAGUAGGAAAUGGGAAAUCUUUGACUUCCCCAUCGCAAGGAAGUCCUGGGUACGGUCUUCAAGCAGUAUCAUCAAAUAAUUUAAACAUUGGGGGAGAUUCCCCCCCUGCGACCAUUACGGAUGUUCCUGGUACUUCAGAAACGUUAUAUGAUAAGUUAGAUUCAAAUACUGUUAAAAAUAUUGUCAUGGCUGCAGCAGUACUUGGAAUAAUAUUCUUCCUUUUCUACUACAAUAGGUCUUCUCGAAUAGAAUCAAGUAUUAAGCCAAAAAAAAGGAAGAAUAAAGCAUUUGAGCAUAAUUACUACGAAGAGUAUGAAAAGGAGUUAGCCAGGUAUGAAUCAGAUAAUGAGUCUUUAGAUUCUUUAGAUGAUCGAUAUUAUUUGACUUAUCAGCCAGACCAAGACUCUCACUACUAA